AAGUGUAAAAGUGUAAUCAUGGGCAAUCAGCUGGUUGGAAUAGCACCAAGUCAAAUUUUUCCAGUUGAACAUUAUUUGACAGAUCACAGUGACCUAUUGUUUGACAUUAACUUAGGAAGCACGAGAUUCUUCAAAGUUGCUCGAGCGAGAAGUCAAGAAGGCCUGAUAGUGGUGAAAGUUUUUGUUAUUCAUGAUCCGACACUUCCUUUGUCAACUUACAAUGAUAAAUUAGAAGAAAUUAGAUCAAAGCUUGCGUCAGCUGUCAAUUGUUUGCCCUUUCAAAGAACUAUACUGACAGAGAAAGCUGGAUUUAUUAUGAGAGAGUAUGUAAAGUACUCACUGUAUGACAGAAUCAGCACGAGACCGUUUUUGUCGAAUAUUGAAAAGAAAUGGAUUACGUUUCAAGUUUUGUAUGCACUUCAUCAAGCUCAUAAGUUUGGAGUAUGUCACGGUGAUAUAAAAUUAGAAAAUAUAAUGAUAACAAGUUGGAACUGGGUAUUACUGACAGACUUUGCCAGUUUUAAGCCUACAUAUUUACCUGAAGAUAACCCAGCUGACUUUUCAUAUUUCUUCGACACAUCUAGAAGAAGCAUGAAGAAGAGUAUCAAUGGGAGCAACAUUGAGUUGAGCCGUGAAGAUUCCGCAGAGCCUAGUGAGGAGAAUACCAUUAUAGAAGGCGACAGCGAUCAGAGUUUUGAUAAAAGUGAUGCUAACACUACCAGUGACACUAAAUUGUCCAAGCAUGAUAAUAACAAAGCAGUCAACCUUAACUCAGAAGAAACUCUCGGGACUUUGCAGAGAGACGUCGAAGCAGACUUGGAGGAGUUUAAAAUAAAAUCCGACAAGCUUGAAGGGUUGAUAAUAAUAACCCAGCUAGUGACCUCUUGCAUCCGCGGGUUGCAUCACUCCCAAUCAAAAUUACAGAGCCUUGAAAUUCUUUUGGAAUUAGCAGAAAACACUUCGGACGAGACAAUCCUGGACCGGAUCCUGCCGUACAUUUUCCACCUGGUCCACGAUCCAGCGCCACGUGUCCGAGUGUCAGCGAUUCACACGCUGACAAAGUGUCUCUACUUGGUGAAAAGCAUCCCACCAACAGACGUAAACAUCUUCCCCGAGUACAUUCUUCCAGGUUUAGCUCACGUGACUCAGGAUGAAGCAGUCAUAGUCCGCGCAGCUUACGCGGAGAACAUCGCACACUUGGCGCACAUAGCCUUGAGGUACCUGGAGAACGCGCACCUGACCAACCUGGGGAACAAAGAAGGUCCGAAGCCCAGCUACGACAGCGAACUACAAACUCUCCACGAAAUGGUCCAACAAUCAGUAUCAAUGUUGUUAACAGACUCCUCAAACCUGGUAAAGCAGACCUUGAUGGAGAGCGGGAUCAACAAGCUCUGCGUGUUCUUCGGCAAGCAGAAGGCCAACGACGUGCUUCUGAGCCACGUGAUAACCUUCUUAAACGACAAAGAAGACAAGCAGCUCCGUGGAUCCUUCUUCGAGUGCAUCGUCGGCGUGGCUGCUUACGUCGGCUGGCACAGCAGUCCAAUCCUGAUGCCGCUGCUUCAGCAAGGACUGACCGACCCUGAGGAAUUCGUCACCCGGAAGGCCAUCAACGCCAUGGCGACGCUCACCGAGCUUGGGCUGCUCCACAAGUCUGCGCUGUACCAAUUGCUAUCAGAGACCGUCGUCUUCUUGGUGCAUCCCAAUUUGUGGAUCAGACACGCUACUGUGGGCCUCAUUUCAGCCGCAGCUAGAACACUCAAUCUCGUGGAUGUCCAGUGCAAGGUCCAGGCGAUGAUCCAGCCGUACCUCAAGCACUCGCUGAUCCAGAUUGAGAAAGAAGUUCUAGUUCUAGAAGCCUUAAUCCAGCCGAUUCCUCGGGUGGUUUAUGAUUCGGUGAUUAAAUAUCAUGAUGUUGAGGAACUGUUCCGCGCGUUCGAGGAACGCAAAGCCGCAAGGUCCAAAGCUAUCACUGGAAGCGUUCCGCAGUACAGUGAAACUUCCACGUCGCUGAGGAACCUGUUCCGGAGGUUAAGUUCCGAGUCUAUGACUGAGAUUGUUGAAGAUCAGCUGCUAGCGAUGAAAUCUCACUUGAUAAAGAUCAACAAGUACAGAAUUUCUGCUGAUAAUAAGCACAACGCCAUGAAAUCAGUAACAGAAGGCAAGCUUGAAUUGAGCAUGAUCAAAGACUCAAUUCGCCACCACGUGGUUGUUCUUUACCCGGACUCUAAAAAUGAUAUUGCAGUUAAUUACAAAAAAUUCGACCGCAGAACUUCUGACAGUACCGGGAACUAUACAAUGAACCAAGAAUGGCGGACGAUGUUCGCAGCUCAGGAUAACAACCACUCGAACAAAAUGUCUGAGCUAACUAGCAGCAGUCCUUCUCCAACAAUUCACAGCGGAGAUAUUCACCUAUCACCGCAGCACAGUUUGACUGACAUAAACAGCAUGAACGACCAUUCGCUCCACGAGAGGUCGUACAUUCAGUACCGCUGCGCCCCCUGUAGGCUGGAACUGAGACAACUUACUUGCCGCAAGCAGGAACAGCACGCGGCGGCGCUCAGAGCGCAGCACUGGGCGGACAAUAUGGCCUGGCAUGGAACCAGAUUGUUGUCCAGCAGUUGGAGACCCAGAGGAGUUCCUGUGGCGUAUUUGCACGAACAUCGCGCAGCGGUUAACAGGUUAGUGUCCAUUCCAGAUUCCGGAUUGUUCGCCAGCAGCGCGGCGGACGGGUGUGUCAGAGUUUGGGACGCGAGCAAGAUGGAGGGCAAGAAUCUUGCCAAUAGGUCGCGCCAGACGUAUGUUCACCGCGGUGGCCCUCUGGUGGGACUGGCGGUUUGCGAACAGGGCCAAUCUCUGGCCAGUUCCGCGAGCCAGUCGGGGUCUUUGUUUGUUUUGAGGUUAGACAAUGGAACCAGCAAGAUGAACGUGGUUUCUUCCAAGCAGUUGGAUGUUACGAAUGAAGGGUGCGCUGUCGACCUUCAGUAUUUAGACUCGGGCUCGCAGUCUGUGUUGGUUUACGCUACGCUUUAUGGUUCGCUAAUUGGCUGGGAUUUAAGGUGUCCUGGAACCGCUUGGCGGUUGGAGAACGACCUUAAGCACGGGGUCAUAACCUCUUUUUGCGUGAAUAAUUAUCAGCAGUGGCUGGCGCUUGGAACCAGUUCCGGAGCUCAUAUCUGCUGGGAUUUAAGGUUCCAGCUCCCGAUAAGUAACAUCAAGCACCCCACUGGCGCCAGGGUUAGGAAGGUCAUUACCCACCCGACGGAACAAUCUUGGAUUAUCUCCAGUGUUCAGGGGAACAAUGAGAUCUCCAUGUGGAACUUGGAGACUGGGUUCCGCCAGAUGGUGCUCUGGGCGUCCAGCGCGCCACCUUUGAGCCACUCUCAGGAAGGUCAUAGUAUUUGCGGAAUGCACGCUGGUUCCACGGACAGGUCCGGGUUCCUCCUGGCAGGGGGCACUGACAUGCGUUUGAGGUUCUGGGAUCUGAACACGCCGAACGAGUCGUAUGUGGCGCUGCCUGCUGCUUCUGAUACUAUAGCGCCAAAUUCUUUGGCGUACGAACAGCGGCUCAUUGAUGGAACUAAUGUUGUUCAAGAGGUUAUUGCGGCUACUGGGCCGAUUUCUACUGGCGCCAGAGUCAGGUCUGAAGAGGGCGUUGCGCCGCCAUUAGAAGUGCCAAAUCCGGGACACCAUGAUACUAUUUCGGCGGUUGCUAUGUCUAAUACUUGUAUUCUUACUGGUAGCACUGAUGGAUUAAUUCAAGUCUGGAAGUGA